UCAUCGCAACUCCAACUCAUCUCCCUCCUCCCCACUUUUCCAGAUCUACUCCUCCACUGCCGCCACCCAUGGCGUCUCCAGCCGGAAACCCUAAUCCCAACCCCAAUCCCCCCUUCGAGAUGGCCAUGCUCUUCCGGCCGCCGCCGCCCAACCCCGCCGCGCCCAUCUUCCCCGCCGUCGCCGGCCCGCCGCCGCCCUCCGGCCCCUACUCCUACCCCCCGGCCACCCCUCCCUUCCACCACCUCCCCUACCCCCACUACGCGCAGGACCCCAUGCCCCGCCCAGUCAUGUCCUACGCCAUGCCCACCCCAAACCCCAACCCCAACCCCAACCCCGGGGCUCGCCUCAUGCAGCUGCUCGGCAACGCCGGCUCGGGCCACCUCGAGUCCGCGGUCUCCAUGCCCCCGCCCUCGUCCGACUUCGCCGCCUCGCAGCCGCUCCAGCUCCCGGCGAUGCCGUCCGCGCCCCCGGCCAGGAUGCUCAGCACCACCAGCAGCAAGGUGCCCAGGGGCCGGCUCCUGGGCGCCGGGGACAAGGCGGUGCACAACGUUGACUCCAGGCUGCCCGGGGAGGCGCAGCCGCCGCAGCUGGAGGUCACGCCCAUCACCAAGUACACGUCGGACCCCGGCCUCGUGCUCGGCAGGCAGAUCGCCGUCAACAGGACCUACAUCGUCUAUGGGCUCAAGAUGGGCAACAUCCGCGUGCUCAACAUCAACACCGCGCUACGCUCACUGCUCCGGGGCCACACACAGAGGGUCACGGACAUGGCUUUCUUUGCUGACGACGUCCAUCGCUUAGCAAGCGCGAGUGUAGAUGGUCGGAUUUAUGUGUGGAGGAUUGAUGAGGGACACGACGAAGAAAAUAAACCACAAAUUUCAGGCAAGAUAGAAGUCGCCAUACAGAUUGUAGAUGAUGCCGAAGCUUACCAUCCAAGGAUCUGUUGGCACUCUCAUAAGCAAGAACUUCUUUUUGUUGGAAUCAGAAACUAUGUCUUAAGAAUAGACACGACUAAAGUGGGAAAGGGAAGAGACUUUAAUACGGAAGAACCUAUUAAAUGUCAUCUUGACGAGCUGAUUGAUGGUGUACGCUUAGUUGGUAAGCAUGAUGGUGACGUGACAGAUUUGUCCAUAUCUCAGUGGAUGACCACCCGACUGGCUUCAGGAUCAAAAGAUGGCACGGUAAAGAUUUGGGAUGAUCGCAAGCCAGUGCCUUUGUCGAUCCUGAAGCCACAUGAUGGUCAAGCUGUUUACUCAGUUGCCUUUCUUACAGCACCUGAGCGCCCACAUCAUAUAAAUCUUAUCACGGCAGGUCCUCUAAACCGAGAAAUUAGAAUUUGGGCUUCUACUAAUGAAGAAGGCUGGCUGUUUCCAAGCGAAUCUGAGACUUGGAAUUGCACCCAGACUUUGGAACUUGUUAGUUCUCUGGAACCUAAGGCCGAGGAUGCAUUUUUCAACCAAGUCGCAGUGCUGCCUCAAGCAAACAUUAUUUUACUUGCGAAUGCUAAGAAGAAUGCUAUUUACGCUGUGCAUGUUGAGUAUGGCCCGGACCCUGCUUCUACCCGCUUGGAUUAUAUUGCAGAUUUUACAGUUGCGAUGCCUAUUCUGAGUCUCACUGGCACACAUGAAAGCCAACCUGAUGGUGAACAGGUAGUUCAAGUCUAUUGUGUGCAAACAAUGGCCAUCCAGCAGUAUGGGCUGGAGUUAUCACUUUGUUCGCCUCCUACAUCUGAUACUACUGGACUUGGAAGAGACCCAGCUAUUUCCCGUGUUCACGAUACACCUCUGGAAGUGGCAGGAGCAGAGUCAUCCACAGGAACUAGCUUUACUGAUUCUUAUACUGUUGGUGCAUCGAGUAAACAAUCGACUAUUGAUCAGACUACAGAAUUUGAUCAUAAACCAUCAGCUCCACCACUUGCACACACAGGUGAUGGUUCUGCGCAUCUUCCUUCUGCCCCUCUUGCAGCAAACACGGAUCUUACUGGAUCAGGACCAUCACUAGGCAAUCGUGACAAAGACCAAUCAGCAUUGGAUCAUCAGACAAACCGAAGCACUGAGCCGGUUGCGUUGAUUAGGCAAGAUACACCAAUGCCAAAACCACUUCCCUUGACUAGACAAGAUACACCCAUGCCAAAGGACAGUUUUGGGAAGGAUGAAUAUAGAGACAGUCACAGUGAUGUUAAAAUGCUUCCAAAUCCUCGUAUGAUGUUUAAGGUAGGAGGCAAUGCCACUCAUCUCAUAACUCCAUCUGAAAUUAUAUCAGGUGCUCUAUCUACUGCUGAAAGCAAUCAGGUCUCUAAAUCUGAUGGCGCAAAAAUCCAGGAUGGCUCUGUUAGUAGCCCUCGGAUUACAGAAGUGGAAGCAAAACAUGUCGAUGAGAGUAAAUCUGGUCAGGAACUUGAAGCUAUCAAGGAAGCUCAAGCUGUUUGUGAAAGCUCAGAGAAAGCACAAAAUUUGUUUGAGCAAACUGUUGAAAUGGUAAGUGAGCGUUCAGUAACAACUGAUAAGUAUAGUGUUGAAGAAUCACAGCCAUCAUUGGAUAGACUGGUUCCUGACCAUACUGUUGCUGCUGGAGAAAAUGUUCUGAACAAAAGUGUGGAAAUGCCUGGCAGAAGUGAUAACUCCUCUGUGUCUAGGGACCAAUCAUCUGCCAAGGAGAAGGUUCUUCAUCUUCAAUCAUCUGGUCAAUCAUCACCUUCUGCAAGUGCAUUUAACUCAACUGAGUCUUCACAUGAACCUGUCAGCAGUGCAUACCCUCCUAUUGAUUCAUCUUCAGAAGUAGCUGAUAUGCAAAGUAUGCUUCAACAGCUAAUAAUCAUGCAGAAGGACAUGCAGAAGCAGCUAAGUACUGUCGUUAUUGCUCCCAUUGCAAAGGAAGGUAAAAGAAUUGAGACGUCGCUAGGCCGUACCAUGGAGAAAUCUAUCAAGGCUAGCAUGGAUGCCUUGUCGGCUCGUUUCCUGGAGGAGAACACCAAACGUGAAAAGGCAGAAAGGGAACGAAUGCAGCAAAUGACCACUCUCAUCUCAAGCUCAAUCAGCAAGGACCUUCCCGCUAUGUUGGAGAAGUCACUUAAGAAAGAAGUUUCUUCACUUGGACCUGUUGUUGCACGGACAAUGACACCUAUUAUUGAGAAGUCCUUGGGCUCUAUAAUUGCUGAUUCAGUUCAGAAAGCGGUGGGUGACAAGGUGGUCAAUCAGCUGGACAAGUCUGUUACUGCAAAACUUGAAGCUACAGUUGCUAGGCAAAUCCAAUUGCAAUUUCAUACAUCUGUAAAGCAGAUUCUUCAGGAUGUGUUACGCACCAGCUUUGAAUCAUUGCUUGUUCCAGCAUUUGAACAAUCCUGUAAGACAAUGUUUGAGCAGGUGGAUAGUGCAUUUCAGAAAGGAAUGUCCGAGCAUGCUGUUGCUAUUCAGCAGCAGGUUGAGGCAGCACAUACUCCAUUGGUGCUCACCUUAAAGGAAACUAUCACUUCUGCGUCGUCAAUCACCCAGAGUCUUACAUCAGAGUUACUUGAUGGCCAUCGCAAACUAUUGGCACUGGUUACAUCUGGGAACGCCAAUGCGCAAAAUACGAAUGUUUUGCAGCCCAACAAUGGCCCUAUCACUGGCCCCCCAGAGGUUGAGGCUCCAUUGGAUCCGAUGAAGGAGCUGGGAAGACUGAUAUCUGAACGCAAAUUUGAUGAGGCUUUUACAGUGGCGCUUCAAAGAAGUGACGUGUCAAUUGUGUCUUGGUUAUGCUCUCAGGUUGAUUUGCGUGGGUUAUGUACGAUGGCCCCACUUCCUCUAAACCAGGGAGUUCUUCUAGCCCUACUACAGCAGCUAGCAGUUGAUAUUUACACCGAGUCAUCCCGGAAAAUCCAAUGGAUGACAGAUGUUGCUAUGGCAAUCAAUCCGACAGACCAAGUCAUCGCCGCACACGUGAGGCCUAUCUUUGAGCAAGUCUACGCCAAAUUGGCUCACCACCGGACACUCCCCAGCACCAAUCCAGCAGAUAUCAGCAAUCUCCGCUUGCUCAUGCAUGUCAUUAACUCAGUUCUGCUUAGCUAUAAGUGAUUCCCUUUGGCUGCAGAAACUCUGGGGAGUAUGGUCUAUUCUUUCUUUGUAUAGAGAGAAAUUUUGAAAAGCAAGGGAAAUCUAGAAGGAUGAUGAAACUACCACCAGCAAAACUCGGGCGAGGGUGGAUGUGUUCCCCCUUGUGUAAAUUAGGCUUGUAUUGGACUUAAAUUGGCGUGUUUCCAUGUGAACUGUCGACAAGUCUAUUGUUCUUUUAGCGCACAGUCGUCCUUUGUAGCUCCAAGUUUUGAUAGAGUAGAAGCCGCUUGCACUAGUGACCGGCCGUUUGCUUGCACCUGAACAUGAACCGCAAGAGAUCGAUGAUCUUCAGGUGCAAAGAAAUUGUUGCUUAUUGUGUUUGUUUGUUAA